GGUUCGGUUUCUGACCGAACCGACCGUUUGCUCAGCCCUAGUUACCCAGUACAGUCUCUGUAGGUUCAUUCCAAGUAUGUAUAAACAAUCAGAGUGAACAAUAGUAUGAUUGGAGAAGGUGAGUGAAAUCAAUUUGGGGGUUACUCUAGUUCACUCUGCCAAUCACUCCCACUAGUAGUCUUCUUCAACCCCAACAAUUGAAUUCUUAUAUAAUUAUAUAUUUAAUGGAGGAGGUAUCUCAAGCAGACCCAUCUCACUUACUCCAAUACUUGGACUCUAUUUUGGAUUCUGAUCCUUUUAUUAAUGAAGUGGGCUUCAUUCAUCCUUCUCAGUUUCUCGCACUCAAUGAGGAAGCUGCUGCCCCGGUAUCCGAAGAACUGUCAGCUGCCAAUUCUUCGGAUAUGGUUUUCUGGCACAGGGAUCAUAAGCUCGGAAUAUCGACUCAAUAUCUUGUUCCGUUGUACAAAGCCGCAAAAUGUGCAUUUAUGGCUGCAGUGGGACGGUAUAAUGAUAGCAACCUGUCCGCGGAAUCUGGGGAGAAGAAUGUUUCCUCUCUUCAGGACUUGUGCGCAGUUCAGGUCAUGAAGCGUAGCAGAGCACUUUUGCUGCUCACUUCUGAUUUUGGCACGGCAUGGAAUUACAGGAAGCUAAUGAUUCUAAGGGAGCCUCAUGUUUCAACAUAUAUGGAUGAACUUGGUUUUAGUAAGCUGGUGCUGUCAUAUUCACCAAAAAGUGAGUGUGCUUGGAGCCAUAGGCGAUGGGUGAUCAAGAAGAUUUCUGGAAACUGUUUAAAUCUGCAAGAGAUUGUGGAGAACGAAUCUGAUUUGGUGAAAUUAAUAGCAGAGAAGUCUAAAAUGAAUUAUCGUGCUUGGAAUCAUCGUUGCUGGUUAGUGUCCUACAUGUCAAGCGAGCAGGUAAAACAUGAGAUAACUAGUAGCAGAGUUUGGGCUGGAUUGAAUGUUGCUGACAACUCUUGUUUUCACUAUCGCUCACGACUGAUGCUUAGGAUGUUAGAGGGUUUACGGACUAAGCAAGGUUCAAAAGCAGUCUCCAGUGAUAAUGCAGAAUAUUAUAAAAUUUACAAGGAAGAGCUUGAUUGGAACGAGACGUUGAUAAAGCGCUACAUUGGAAGGGAGGCACUAUGGCUUUACCGCCGCUUCCUCUCCUUAUUCUGGGUCGAUCAGUUUGCAAUCGUUGAUGCUGAUGCAUUAGCCCAUAUUAAUCAGACACCUAUAAGCACUGGUGAAAUAAAGACCUUCCUAGAUAAUGAAGUACAACUGUUCUACUCUUGCCAAGGUUAUUCGAAUAAUGACUUUGAGGAUUACCAAGCACAAGCUACAUUUUCUGCUACUUACAUGCUGUGGAUCACACGGCAUUUCUCUCAAUAUGCUGGAUUUGAGCUGAUAAUGAAACUAAGACUGAGAGACCUACAAGAAGUGCUAGAUAAGUAUUGCCCUGAGAGGAGCUUUCUUUGGGAUUUCUUAAGGACUCCAUAAUUAAGAACAUACCUUCUCAUAGUUAUAGCCACCUAUUUGAAAGGUAUAUAAUUUAAUGGUUUUGAGGAAACGGGACCGUGUGAUUUAUGUAGUACUUGGAUACAUAGAAGAACAGUUGUAAUAUUGUUGUUUAGUCAGUCUCACAGAUAUCACAAAAAUCUCAUACGCCAGGGUUUUUUCACAGAGAAUAAUAGAUAUAUCCCCAACUCCAUAUUUUUCA